AUGCAAACCUCCAUGUCUAACGAAACCGCAACCGCCGAUCAAACCGGUGGUGGAUUCUACUCUUUCCCAGAUCAAUAUCAGCCUUAUCCUGCAGAUGCUCAAGGGACCGGGACCCCAAACUUAUCUCAACAAUACGCUGCAAUGCAAUUAUUUCCUCAAUAUUUAAUGGACUCUGCACCUAUGAAUAAUGCAGCAAGCUCUCGUGGUGCUUGGACUGCCGAAGAAGAUGCUCAGCUUAAAGCCGCAAUUACUUCUAUUGGACCUAAAAAAUGGCACGAUAUCGCAAAGUUUGUACCUACAAGAACAAGUAAACAAUGUAGAGAGAGAUGGUUAAAUUGCUUAGACCCCAAUAUUAAGAAAGGCGCAUUCGAACCUUGGGAAGAUCAAUUAAUUAUUGAAAAACAGAGAGAAAUAGGUAAUCACUGGUCUAAUAUAGCCCGUCUACUGCCAGGAAGAAGCCCUGGAGCUGUUAAAAAUAGAUGGUAUUCUGGAUUGAAGAAUUUCCAUCAAGCUGAUCAGCUCAAUACAUUGAUCUUACCUCAGGAAUAA